AUGGAGUCAACAAAUUGGGGAGCAUAUCAUUGCUUAACACUUUGUACUUUUCGUGAUACAAAAACACGACCUUCAAUGGAUUUGGUGUUAUGGAAACUUUUAAAAGCAUUGGAACUACAUGAACUUGAGGAAGCUUAUGAAUUGCAAGAAUUUGUGGAAGCAUUGGUAUUGCAAGAAAUUUUGGAAGCUUUGGAAUUGCAGGAAUUUGAGAAAGCAUGUGAAUUGCAAGAACUUGAAGAAGCAUUAGGAUUGCAAAAGCUUGUGGAGAUGUUGCAAGAGCAGGAAUUCGCAGAAGUAUCCAUGUUGAAAGAAUCUGAGGAAGCUUUGGAAUUACAUAAACUUGCGGAAACAUUGGAAUUGCAUAAACUUGGGGAAAUAUUGAACCUGCAAGCAGACUAUGCGAUCAUAAAAGUCAUACAUAUGAUGACAAAUGCCCUUCCAACAUAUACUACCAAAGAGGAAUUAUACUCACAUCUCUCUACUGGAAUCCUUGUUGAUGAAAGCAAAGUGUGGUUUUCUAUAGAUGAUAAUGGAAAGAAUCAAGAAAUGAUAUCUGCAAUGAAGUUCAUGAAUCCAGAUCCAAACAAAUUUAAAGCCAUCUCUUACCUUGAAUCUCGAUUCCGGAAGGUAGCAAAGAUUUUGAAUGUCUCGAAGGUUGAUAUGCAAGUGGUGGUCAGAACAAAUUUUUUAUCAUCCGAUGUCAUAUAUGCAGCUUACCUCACCAAUAGUAAAAGAAGAGAUGUUGAAAUCAAAAUUUUUCUAGAACAAAUUUAUGUGGAUUCUUAUUCCCGAAAAGAUGAAGUGGUUAUUGAAGGUAUCCUGUUUUUGCCAAAAAAGAAGUUUGAUGGUAAAAAAAUCAGCAAACAAGAUGUUAUGAAUCCCCCAACAUGGGAAAAUUUAUUACCAAACGACUACCAACAACUCCUAGAUGGUGCACGUAGAAAGAUUAAGGAAAACCCUCAAAAUCACGUUCCUAUCAAAACCAAAUGGCAUGCAUACUCUGUUCUUUCCAAGGGUGUUUACAUUAAAGUCACGGGUUCUAAAGAUAUUGAUGUGUGGUUUUGGAUAAACGAUUUAAAUGGAAAGAAAUGUUGUAUGUUAUCACCAGAGUUGAUUCAGUCUUCCUCAUCAGACGAGCUCAAACUUAAAUAUCUAUUUAAAUCACGAUUCAGAUAUGUAUUGGUAUUAAAAUCUUCACCUUCAUAUACACCCCGCAUGUCAUUGAAGAUUAUAGAUUCUUUUUUGUCAACAAAUACUAGUUAUUCGUGUUACCUCGUUUAUAAGAUACAAGGACAUGUGGAGAAUCCAGUUAUUGUGGGAAUUACACAACGCAUGUCCAGAAAACCACACAAUGAAAACAAACGAUGGUAUAAUCAGCAAAAUAUUGUGUAUUUGAGUACACCUCAGAGCCAAGUAAUAGGAGAACUGAGUGGUUAUAAAGAAUCUCAUAGCACAAUGAACAAAACCAACAUGAUAGCAUAUCCAAGAAGGAGGAGUGAUGAUUGGUGGGAGGUGAAGUUAGGGGAAUUUAUUACAUUUGAUGAUGCUGGUGAUAAUGAAAAGUGGAUCCAAAAUUUUCUUCCAUGGAUAUCUACGUGCCUACCUUGUCUUCCGUGUGUGUCCGACCUUACACGUGACGGGGAUGAUUAUGUUGCAACCAAAUUCGCUUCUUUAUGCCUUGAUUGUGACCCACUGAUUAACAUAGAUAUGGACUGGAGAGGCCUCAGACAUUGUGAUUUCAAUAUGCCAGAGAUCAUUGUGGAAGGUUUUUUGUUACAGGAGGAAGCACGCCUAGAACAAGAACAUGCUAGAUUAGCAUCUGUUCAAUCACCACCUGCUGCUCUUACACUCCAUAUUACAGAAGAAUACAAAGGGGAUGAUAAGCUGCAAGUGGGAAACGGGACAAACCAUACUCAAAGGGGAUGUUAAACACAAUCUCUAUCGGCUGCCUCAUACCAUAUCAAAACCUCAUUCAAUGGCAUUUACCGGUGUUCGUACAUCCUUACAUGGCUGGCAUAAACGUUUGGCACACCCGCAUGAACCUAUUCUGCGUAAACUUGUGACUUCAUUUAAUCUUCCUGUUUCAUCAAAUAAAUUUCCAAGUGUUUGUGACUCCUGUCAACUUGGAAAAAGUCAUCGCUUUCAUCUUGCAUCUUCGCAUGUUACAUCUUCUGCACCU